AAGUUGGAGAUGACUGCAGAUGUGUGGGUGGGGAGCUGGCGCCCCCACCGGCCCAGAGGACCAAUCGCUGCCCUCUACAGCAGCCCCGGGCCCAAAUACGGUCUCCCAACCAAUGUAGGCUAUCACCAACAUGACCCUUCUCGCUUCCGUGCUGCCGCGUACAGCAUUGGCAGCCGCCGGUCCCAGAACCAAGAGAGCUGUUCCCCCGGGCCGGGCUACCUUGUCCCCCCCAAUAUGACCAUGAGGGGCAAGGAUGGGAUUCCUGCAUACUCCAUCUUCGGACGCCCCAGGGAUGUGGUGCCUUUUAUGACUCCAGGGCCAGGCCGGUAUUCUCCAGAGAAAGCAGGGAAGUUGGCCUAUCCCAGUGCUCCCAACUACUCUCUUGCCUCCCGGACAAAGGACUUUGACUAUGACCAGACGCCAGGGCCAGCGGCCUAUGGCCUGCCCCCCGUGCUUGGGCCGAAGGUGAUCAACAAGAGCUCAGCCCCCAAUUACUCCAUCUUCGGACGCAGCACAAUCGGCAGCUUCUACGAGGACCUCAGCAAGACUCCAGGGCCCUGCAACUACCGCCUGGUGGAUCCCAGCAUCUACAAGAACCGCCCGCCGCAUUUCAGCAUGCUCGCCCGCAACAUGCCCCCGGGGGACAACACUGUGAAGCCAGGCCCAGGAGCUUACAGCCCCGAGAAGUAUACCCUGCAACGUGGCUUGACCUUCGGGAUCCGCCACUCGGACUACGUGGCUCCUCUCAUUGUGGAUGUGGCAGAGUAAACCGGA